AUGGAGCCAAAGUCUUUCUUAGCCCUUGUCAUUUUCGGCUUCUUAUCGCUGGUCACGGCAUCGGGCGCCGGUGUCGAGAAACGCUCUUUCACAGUACCACGAGUGCGCAAUGUCAAUUUCGUCGGCCACAAUGGACCGAAGGAGCUGGCAAAAGCGUACCGAAAGUAUCGAGUGCCUGUUUCGGAUAGCCUCGUCGAGGCUGCCGCGUUUCAAGAGGCAAGGUUGAAGAAGAGGAGCCUCGAGCUACAAAAGAGAAGCGUCGAGAUCCCGGCAGCGGCAGGCAAAGUUUUUCGGCCGGUCCGCGGCAGCAGCGUCGCUCGACGAAGCGCAGGUGGGCUCCUCAGCUGGGGGGCCAGCGCCGUGGGACGGAUAUCUGUACCCGUGGCCAAGGAGGACGACCAUACCUUGUGGCCUCGGCAGCAGAAACAGGGCAACCAGACUGGCCGAGUCGUGGCGGUCCCGGAGCCAGCCGAUGCUGAAUAUUUGUGCAAGGUUCGCAUUGGCGGCCAGGAUGUGAAUCUCGACUUUGACUCUGGGUCCUCUGACCUCUGGGUGAAGAGUGUCGACCCAAGCGACACGGAUCCCAAGAGCCGUGCGGCAUUCGACCCAAGAAAGAGCAAGACGUUCAAGCUCAUAGAGGGGGCGAAUUUCAGCAUAAUCUACGGAGACUCGUCGGGCGCCCGGGGUGGUUGUGGAACCGACGAGGUCCAAAUCGGAGAUCUCACGGUGAAGAACCAGGCCGUGGAGCUCGCCACGCAAGUAUCACGGCAGUUCGUUGAGGAUGUGCGCACCGACGGGCUGCUCGGCCUCGCCUUUUCUGAACUCAACGCAGUAGAGCCUCAAAAGCAAAAGACGCUUUUCGACAACGCUGCCUCGAGUCUCGAGCAGCCGAUCAUUUGCGUCGACCUCAGGAAGGGCGCAAACGGCUCGUACACAUUUGGCAAGUGCGACGACACCACGAUUGACGGCCAGCUGACCUAUGUGCCAUGCAACACGACGCAAGGUUUCUGGGCCGUCAAAACCGAGGAGUUCUCCGUGGGCGACGGGCAACGGCAGAAGGCGGCACCCGGCACUCAUGCGAUCGUCGACACGGGCACGACACUCACCCUUGCGGGGCCUGAGCUGACCCAAAGCUAUUACAAGCAGGUGCAAGGUGCUCAGUUCAACGAGCGGCAGGGAGGGAUUACCUUUCCGUGCAAUUCCACGCUUCCCGACCUCCACCUGGACGUCAACGGCCUGUACAAUGCAACGGUCAAAGGGGAGAAUUUGAUCUUUGGAGAGAUAGGAGACGGAAGCUGCUUCGGUGGGGUCCAGCCGUUUCCCCCAAGUGGUUCGCGUCCGGACACAGUCAUCCUCGGAGACAACUUCUUCAAGAGCAACCUUGUGGUUUUUAACCUGGGGAACAACACGGUGGGGUUUGCGACGAAGAAGUAA